AUGAGCAGGUGGCCCCAGAAAGAGGUGGAUGUUGGGGUGCUCGUCCCUUUGGGAAAUUUGGAGGAAGCAGAGGAGGUGGAGGAGGGCAGGGAUGAGGCAGAUGCACUACGUGAAGGUCUGAACAAGCUGAACACAGACCAACUGUACAGGAAGAAGUUCAUGGACGAGUUUCCUCGAGUGAAACAGGAGCUUGAGGAGCGCAUAGGAAAGCUCCACACACUUGCAGACAAGGUUGACAAGGUGCACAGGGACUGCACCAUCUCCAACGUGGUGGCAGCCUCCACUGGCACUGUGUCUGGCAUCCUGACCAUCCUUGGCCUGGCUUUGGCACCGGUGACAGCAGGGGUCAGUCUGGCACUCUCGGCAACUGGGAUAGGGCUGGGAGCAGCAGCUGCUGUGACCGGUGUGUCCACCAGCAUUGUGGACUACUCAAGCAAGUUGUCAGCAAAAGCUGAAGCCAGUCGCCUGACAUCAAUUGACAGUGACAAAGAGAUGCUCAAGGAAUCUCUACGUCACAAUGCACCACAUAUUGGCAUGGAAAAUAUUGGGAAGAACCUCCGUGCCAUCAAGCUAGGCAAACCCAAACCUCCCUUAGUAUCCCCUGCUGUGGGCCUCGUGACCAUUGGGACAGUCUCGGUCCAAAGCAUCAAGCAGGUACAGAAAAGUUUUGAAGGUACUGCUCUGGCAAUGGCCAAAGGAGCCCGGGUUAUGGGUGCGGCCACUGCAGGUGUCUUCCUUCUGAUGGAUGUGAUCAGCCUUGUGGAAGAGUCACUGCAUUUGCAUGAGGGGGCAAAGGCAGAGUCAGCUGAAGAGCUGAGGCAGCAGGCUCAGGAGCUGGAGAGGAUGUUGGAGGAGCUCAGCCAGACCCAUGAGAGGCUGCAGCAAGGCCUCAUCCCACAACCCCCAGAGUAG